UCCUGUGUCAGGGGUGAGCACCGUUAUCUCUCUCUCCACCGGGAGCAGCCCUCACAAUAAAGGAACCACGCCUGUCUCCAGAGCUGAGCUUCACAUCCACUGGAGACUUUCUAUUUCAUGACUCUUGUUUAAUACCGCGAGAGCGCACAUCACGAGCCUGCAGGGCUUUUUGGACGGUCACGAGCACUUUGUCCGGGAAACACGCAUAAUAAAGAAAUGGAGUACCUCAAGUUUUGCUUUGUGUUUUCAUGCUGGAUGAAGUUUGCACUGUCUGUCUACUCUACUGAUGCCCCUCAAGCCCCUGCGCCUAUUCCUAAAGAGAAAUUGCUGGUUCUAACCGUAGCCACGGAGGAAACAGACGGGUUCCUCCGCUUCAUGAAGUCUGCAAACCACUUCGAGUACAAUGUGAAGGUGUUGGGAAUGGGAGAGCCGUGGAAGGGUGGAGACGUGGGCCGUUCCAUCGGAGGAGGGCAAAAAGUCAGACUACUGAAGGAGGCCAUGGAGGCUCUCGCUGACCAGGAGGAUCUUGUUGUCCUCACCGUGGACAGCUAUGAUCUUAUCUUCGCUGGGGGACCACAAGAGAUUCUCAGGAAGUUCCAGCAGGCCAAUCACAAAGUGCUUUUCGCCGCAGAUGGGCUGAUUUGGCCGGAUAAGAAGCUAGCUGACAAGUACCCGUCAGUUCGGAGUGGCAAACGCUACCUCAACUCUGGAGGUAUAAUUGGAUACGCCCCGUACAUAAACAGGGUUGUGAAACAGUGGAACCUCCACGACAACGAUGACGACCAGCUCUUCUACACCAAGAUAUACGUGGACCCUUUACAGCGACAAUCUCUCAACAUGACAUUGGACCACAAGUGCCAGAUUUUCCAGAACCUGAACGGAGCUGUUGACGAGGUGCUUCUCAAGUUCGGAACAAACCUCGUCAGGGUUAGAAACACAGUGCACGACUCCCUGCCAGUGGUCGUCCAUGGAAAUGGAAAUACUAAAAUGUACUUGAACUCCUUGGCCAACUAUGUCCCCAACACAUGGAACUACGACCACGGCUGCAGCCACUGUGAUGACGACAUCAUGGAUUUAUCUCAGUUAAAAGAGUAUCCGAAUGUUUUGGUCGGAGUGUUCAUCGAGCAGCCGACCCCCUUCCUUCCCGAGUUCUUCCACCGGCUGCUGACACUGGACUAUCCCAAAGAUAAACUCAAAGUCUUUGUCCACAACAAUGAGGUUUACCACGAGAAGCACAUCCAGAAGUUCUGGGAAGAGAACCGGAAUGUGUUCAACACUUUCAAGGUUGUGGGACCGGAGGAAAAUCUGAGCCAAGGAGAGGCCAGGAACAUGGGCAUGGAUGUUUGCCGUCAGGAUGCAACGUGCGACUUCUACUUCAGCAUGGAUUCAGACGUGAUGCUCACCAACAGACAGACACUGAAGCUCCUCAUCGAGCAGAACAGGAAAAUAAUUGGUCCCCUUGUCACCCGCCACGGCAAGCUGUGGUCCAACUUCUGGGGAGCCUUGAGUCUGGAUGGUUAUUACGCUCGCUCCGAAGAUUACGUCGACAUCGUGCAGAGAAAACGUGUGGGUUUGUGGAACAUCCCUUUCAUGGCCCACAUAUACCUCGUCAAAGGCAGUACCUUGAGGACUGAGCUGAAAGAGAGGAACUACUUUGUGCUGGAGAAAUUAGACCCAGAUAUGGCUCUUUGUAGAAAUUCCAGAGAAAUGACCAGUCACAGAGAAAAAGACUCCCCUUCUCCGGAAUCAUUCCAUAUGCUCAGGCCCCCAAAGGGAGUCUUCAUGUACAUAACAAACCGUCACGACUUCGGGAGGCUCAUUUCCACCGCCAAUUAUAACACUUCUCAUUAUAACAGUGACUUGUGGCAGAUAUUUGAAAACCCCGUGGACUGGAAGGAGAAGUACAUCCACUCCAACUACACCCGGAUUUUCACUGAGAACUUCCUGGAGGAGCCUUGUCCAGAUGUGUUCUGGUUCCCAGUCUUCUCACAGAAGGCCUGUGAUGAAAUAGUGGAGGAGAUGGAGCACUACGGGUCCUGGUCCGGGGGCAGACAUGAGGACAAGCGCAUCUCCGGCGGCUACGAGACGGUGCCGACGGACGACAUCCACAUGAAGCAAAUCGGCUACGAGAAAGAGUGGCUACACUUCAUCCGGGAGUUCAUAUCGCCUGUCACGUUAAAAGUGUUCUCCGGAUACUUCACCAAGGGUUACGCUCUGAUGAACUUUGUGGUGAAAUACACCCCCGAGAGGCAGGCGUACCUGAGGCCCCAUCAUGACUCCUCCACCUUCACCAUCAACAUCGCCCUCAACAACAAAGACACAGACUUUCAGGGUGGGGGUUGCCGCUUCCACAGGUACAACUGCUCCAUAGCUUCACCCAGGAAAGGGUGGAGCUUCAUGCACCCGGGGCGACUGACCCACCUCCACGAAGGCCUGCCCACCACCAACGGCACCCGCUACAUCGCAGUGUCCUUCAUCGACCCCUGAGCUGAUCCUCUACUGUACAAUCUGACCGGGCUUUGCUUUCAUUUUCUGUCCUCUUUGUUUGUUUUGUCAUGUGAUGUUUGGCUGAGGAUAUUGUAUGUGAGAAGCAAAGGCUUUUAAAGAACGGAAUAAAUAAUUGCAUUACAGGAAUUUCUGUCAAACAGAGUGACGGGUGGAGAGGAGAGGCAAGGAAAUCAACACCUCAGACACACAAAUGCUAGCAGAGUACACAACUGAUUUUCACUAUACUAACAUGUUCAUGGUAACCGUCAUGGCCACCCACUGGUUGAUAGCAGCUAGCUGUAUAGAGCAUAUAGCUCUAUCGUCUUGUAUUUCAGGUAAAAGGUCUAAAGAAAGACGACUGGUGCUCAGCAACCCUCUGCUAUUGAUAUUUCUAAAAGUGUUCCCAAAACUGUACAGGUCCCAAUUGUGAUCCUAAUUUAAAGUUGUAUACGUGCAGAGUGAAGAUCUAUCUCAAAUUAAUCUAUUUUUGGAAUGUUUGCACACCAGAAAAACAGCGGAGUUCAAUAUGAAUUCUGCUUUAAUGAAGUUUUGUUUUUACUUGAAAGAUUAUUAGUUUGAUAAUCUUCAACAGUUUUCUAAAGACAUUUCUGCAUUGUGUUUCAGAGAGAUGAGUGUGAAUGGUUUUUGAAGUUUAGCAAUUUGUUUAACUUAUUGUCAACAUGUAAUAAAAGUCUUUAUAAAAAAAGAAGAA